AUGCUUGGUUGCGAGUCGUUUGCUCUUCUUUUUGAUGACAUCGAGUGUGAAAUGAACGAAACGGAUAGAGAAUGCUUUAGUUCUUUUGUUUCCGCUCAGGUUGCCGUCACCAACGAGGUCUACGAGUAUCUAGGACGCCCCCAGUUUUUCUUUUGCCCAACAGAAUAUUGUGAAAGCAGAGCAGUGCCAUCACUAGAACAUUCUGAAUAUCUAGCGACAUUAGGAGAAGAGCUAAUCAGUGAUGUACAUAUUCUAUGGACAGGUCCCCGCGUUAUUUCUCGAAAUAUCACUGUUGAACAUAUUCGAAAUGUUUCCAAAAUCCUUCGUCGUCGUCCGCUUAUUUGGGACAACCUUCAUGCGAAUGACUACGAUCAGAAACGAGUUUUCAUGGGUGAAUUUUCAGGUCGACCAGUUGCCCUCAAAAAAGAGACUGCAGGGAUAUUGAUGAAUCCAAGCUGCAAAUACGAGUUGAACUUCGUCCCGUUGCUCACAUUCGCCGACUGGAACGCAAGCAAUGACGACUGUUUGUUGAUUGGUCCAAAAAAUAACGGCGAAGAAAAAUGCGUGUCUGAUACAGGUGAUGAUAGUUGUGUUCCUUCACGAAUCUACGAUCCUUCGCAAUCUCUACAGAAAGCUGUUGCGUUAUGGACUGAAGAGUUUAACUGUGUCAGUAACCAUCCUGUUCCCCCACUUUCGCGCUCUGAAAGCAAGGUGGAAACGACGUGUAGCACAGGAGAUGCUGCGGUCAUGCACGAGCUGAACUCCAUUAUCUCAAGAAUCAGCCACGCAACUGGAAGAAAUCUUAAAAUCAGUCGUAAUUCCUUCGCGAUUGAUGAAGAACCUACAAGUCAAUUCCUUAACUGCCGAUUAUGGUGA